AGUGGGUUUCCUGCCCGCGCGGAUCCGCCUGCCCACCGCGCGUGCCCCGCCCCUCUCCCGAGAGCUACGCGGCGGUGGAGCGCAGGCCUCGUGCCGUUACGGUCAUCACGGCGGCCGCGGCGGCGUCCCGGUGCCUUCCUCAGGUGAGCUGGAGCUAGCCGGCACGGAAGACGGAGGGUGAGAUGGCCUUGCUGGGAGGCCGACACACACACACCCCCUCCUUCAGUCGGCUGUCCGUCCUCACAGCCUGUUACUCGCUGCGUCGCUUCCUCUUCCCCCGCUGAGUUAGCCCCGGGGGCGCCGUCUGCAGGCUCGGAGCUGAGCCGGAGGGGAUGCGGAGGCUGCUCGGCGGGGCCCGGACGUCUGCACUGGGAUUCCGCGAGACCCUUGGGGCUCUGCCCCAGGGAGCGCGAACCCGUGGCCUCCUUGUCAGCCCCUGGAGCGCUGCGUCGGGGUUAGAGCCCGGGCGACCGCCCCUGCGAGGCUGGGAGGUCGAGUGUGCGGCUCGCUCGCCGGCUUGUCUAUUUUCUACUGAAAAAGUCCUGUUGCCAGCUGUGGCGUAAUCCAAGACCGGGAAGUGCUGAAGCUGCUGAAAGAUGGCAGAAGAAGUGGUGGUAGUAGCCAAAUUUGAUUAUGUGGCUCAACAAGAACAAGAAUUGGACAUCAAGAAGAAUGAGAGAUUAUGGCUCCUGGAUGAUUCUAAGUCCUGGUGGCGAGUUCGAAAUUCCAUGAAUAAAACAGGUUUUGUGCCUUCUAACUAUGUGGAAAGGAAAAACAGUGCUCGGAAAGCAUCUAUUGUAAAAAACCUAAAAGAUACCCUAGGCAUUGGAAAAGUGAAAAGAAAACCUAGUGUGCCAGAUUCUGCAUCUCCUGCUGAUGAUAGUUUUGUUGACCCAGGGGAACGUCUCUAUGACCUCAACAUGCCCGCUUAUGUGAAAUUUAACUACAUGGCUGAAAGAGAGGAUGAAUUAUCAUUGAUAAAGGGUACAAAGGUGAUCGUCAUGGAGAAAUGCAGUGAUGGGUGGUGGCGUGGUAGCUACAAUGGACAAAUUGGAUGGUUCCCUUCAAACUAUGUAACUGAAGAAAGUGACAGUCCUUUGGGUGACCAUGUGGGUUCUCUGUCAGAGAAAUUAGCAGCAGUCGUCAAUAACCUGAAUACUGGGCAAGUGUUGCAUGUGGUACAGGCUCUUUACCCAUUCAGCUCAUCUAACGAUGAAGAACUUAAUUUCGAGAAAGGAGAUAUAAUGGAUGUUAUUGAAAAACCUGAAAAUGACCCAGAGUGGUGGAAAUGCAGGAAGAUCAAUGGUAUGGUUGGUCUAGUACCAAAAAACUAUGUUACCAUUAUGCAGAAUAAUCCAUUAACCUCAGGUUUGGAACCAUCACCUCCACAGUGUGAUUACAUUAGGCCUUCACUCACUGGAAAGUUUGCUGGCAAUCCUUGGUAUUAUGGCAAAGUCACUAGGCAUCAAGCAGAAAUGGCAUUAAAUGAAAGAGGACAUGAAGGGGAUUUCCUCAUUCGUGAUAGCGAAUCUUCGCCAAAUGAUUUCUCUGUAUCACUAAAAGCACAAGGGAAAAACAAGCAUUUUAAAGUCCAACUAAAAGAAACUGUCUACUGCAUUGGGCAGCGCAAAUUCAGCACCAUGGAAGAACUUGUAGAACAUUACAAAAAGGCGCCAAUUUUUACAAGUGAACAAGGAGAAAAAUUAUAUCUUGUCAAGCAUUUAUCAUGAUACUGCUGACCAGAAGUGACUGCUACAUAGCUGUAAUUUAACGUGUAAUUGAAGACUGAGAAAAUGUUGGGUCCAGUUGUGCUUGAUUGGAAAUUGCUGUUUCUAACUCUAUAUGAGGAUAACUAUAAUAAUAUUUUUAUUAUAACUCAGCCCAUACAUAUAUACUAUGUAUGCAGUGCAUCAGCAUAAAACAGUUCCUUACCCUUGGUCUUCUGUUUUAUUGUUUUCUUCUUUGCUGUUUUUGCUUUGCUUCUAAUAUUACUGUUUUGUAUUUUGAAAAAAAAAAAAAUCAAAUAAUGCAGAUCAGAAUCUUUAUAUGGAAGAAAUCCUAUAUUGCCUUUGCUUUAUUUUCUUGUAAAGGCACCCUGUUAGUUCUGUUAUGGUCUCUCUUUAUAUAAAAUUAUUAUAUCUAUAUAUGACAUAUGCUAAAAUAAACUUCUUAGAGAGUGUUAAUCUUUUCUGUGACUAAAUAGCAAUAAUAAAUGGAAAAUUAGAAAUUAUUUCCAGGUAUUAUAUUUGUCACAGGCCAUUGUAACCAAAUAUAUUGUGUCUGCUAUGAUUUUUAAAAAUUCAUUGUUUUCAGUCAUACAGCAAGACACAUGAGACAUAGGUUAGAAAACAUGUUGUACAAUUUUAAUUUACAAUUGUUGGAAACAAAAAUCACUAAAUUCUUCAUUUUUUUUUCCAGUGCUUCUCCCUCAUCUGGUUAUUCGAGAAAACAAAACAGUCUCUGAGAUAUUUUGCUUUUCUUUCUUUUCUUUUUUUUUUUUGAGACAGAGUCUUGCUCUGUUGCCAGGCUGGAGUGCAGUGGCGCCAUCUUUGCUCACUGAAUCCCGGGUUCAAGCAAUUCUCCUGCCUCAGCUUCCUGAGUAGCUGGGAUUACUGGUGUGUGCCACCACACCCAGCUAAUUUUUGUAUUUUUGGUAGGGAUGAGGUUUCACCAUGUUGGCCAGGAUGCUCUUGAUACCGUGACCUCAUGAUUUGCCCCUCAGCCUCCCAAAGGUGCUGUGAUUACAGGCGUGAGCCACCACGCCUGGUCUAGCUUUUCAAACUGUAAAUAGAUGCUCUAGUGUUAUUUUUUUUCUUUAUCCCUCUUGUAUUAUUUUAGCAAAGCAUCUUGUAUUAGGACAUGUUAUAUUUAUGCCAGUGUGAAAUAAGUUACUGCCAAGUUUUGCAAAAAUAGGAAGCAGUGAGAUGUGUGGUUUUUUUCUCCUCACUAAAUAUCAGUAAGUGUCAGGAAUAGUAUUACCUAUUUUCAUUUCCUCUUCAGCUUUGAGUUUUGUUGAUCUGGACACUAAAACUGAUGUAUACCUGAGGAAAAAAUAAAAUGUGCUCAUGGUUAGGGAAAAUUACGUUAUUUUUAAUUUUUUUUUUAACAAGUAGGAAUUUGGGUGUAUGGAUGAGAGGCUAAUCUACUUCUGUAACAGGCCAUAGAAGAAAACAAGUUGCAUUUUAUGGUACUAAUUUGUGCCCCUAUUAUUCUGGAGACUUAAGUUUAAGCAAAGUAACCAUCAGUAUUUUAAUUGAAAAAUACUAAAGCCACAUAACAGGGGAGGAUGUCAUGAUACUUUCAACAAAUUCCUUAAUGCUGCCUAAGCAUAUGGAUGCUUUAAUUAUUUGCUGGUUAUAAACAGAUAUCUAAUACACCAGAAUUACUGAUGGUAAAAUUGUGUAACUUGUAAAUUUUUUUCAUCAAUGUGUUAAAUAUUAUUUAAAUCUUAAAAUCAUUUAAAGACUUACGUUGCCACUGGGUGGCAGCCAUGGCUUCUCUCAUGGAAACAGAAGUGAACAAAUAUAAUUAAGACAAAUUUGCAUCUCGAUUGCAUCUGCUUUUAAAACAUUUUAGUUCAUAUUCCGUAAUUUUUCUAGAUCAGUACUCCUUUGUUUAUUAAGGGUAAUUAUUAGUAGAUAAGUUUUUCAUGAAAAUGAAAAACUUUAUCUUCUCUUUGCCGUAAAAUCAAAUGAAUAUAAAUUGAGGAAAACUGUUUAAAUGGCUGUAGGAUGACUAGUUAGUAAACAUCAUCUUAAUUUUUAACAUA